AUGACCAGACUUUCGUUGGCCCAGCAACUCGCCCAGCUAGAUGAUACAGCUCCUGUGGAUUUUGAUCCUGAAGACAUCCAACAUGGCUUAGAUCCUGAGGAUGCAGAAGAACAAGCCGACGGAUCUGCUGCGCGGGAACACUACAUUGAAGUAGGGGCAAGUUCUCUGCGCAAGUUGCACGACAGCAUAUCGGACCCUAAAUACGACGGAAUACGAACGUCGCGUAAACAACUUCUACAGGGCAGCGAAGAUGAAGCGAUGAGCGAUGAGGAGUCAGAGGGUGACGAGGAUGCUGCCGGCCCUGGAGACAGCGGGGGAGAAGACGAUGAUAUGCGGUCUGAAAGCGAAGCAACAUCAGUUGACGAUGAAGAAAAGGAAGAUUUGACAACGAAGCCGCACGCCGGAUAUGAUCAGGAGAAUAUUAACAUUCCAACCACGCUACAAAAAACAAGGGAAGAUGAUAGGCGGAAGGGGAAGGCCAUCACUCGUCAGAUUGCUGUAUGGGACUCCUUGCUCGAUGCUCGCAUACGUCUACAAAAGGUUGCCACCUCCUCCAACAAGCUACCAACACCCGCUGAUAUGGUCGAAGUCAUUCACGAAGAUGAUCAAGUCAGGACUUCGCUUCUUGGGAUGCUCAAUGAAGCCGCUUUGCUCUCUGAGGAACUGUUUCAGUUUCAAUCGGCCUUGAUAUCAAGUAAUACUGACGUACAGAUACCGCCACGCAAACGACGAAAAGUGGAAGCGUUAGGAACAACAGCAGACUUUGACGCUUGGCUUAAAGAGGCUACCACCGAUGCAGUUGCUUCUGAAUCUGCCGUUCACCCUUAUGAGAUACAAACACUAGCUAAAUGGUCGUCAAAGAUACAGGCAGUUGCGCCAUCCGCACUCCUUCCAUCGAACCGCAAUGCCUUCUCUAAGAACCGGCAAAAUCUGAAAUCCGUAGUCCAACUGAUCGACGAAACCCUGACUACUGAUAGGAAUAAACUCCUUGCCCGCACACAAGUUCGAAGAAGUAAAGGCGCGCGCCUCGGGACCGCCAACACCGAGCGCCAGGUACCAGAGCAGGGUGAAGAAGACGGGGAAACAAUUGAUAGAGAGUUGUUUGAUGAUAACGACUUCUAUCAGCAGCUUCUUCGCGAUAUUAUUGAUGCGCGAGGUGACAAUGCGGCGGGCGCAGAUGACUGGAUAUCUAUUCAGAAACAAAAGAAAUCUAAAAAGAAGGUGGACACAAAAGCCAGCAAAGGCCGCAAACUAAGGUUUGACGUUCACGAAAAACUACAAAACUUCAUGGUCCCUGUGCCUGUGGCAGGUUCUUGGCACGAAGAACAAAUCGACGAGCUGUUUGCGUCGCUACUCGGUAAAGGGUUCGAGCAGGAUGUUCACGCCUCCGGCGACGACGCCAUGGGUGAUGGUCUGGAUUCUGCCAUUGCCGACACGGGGGCUGGGAAAGAGCUUCAGGAACAAGCUGACGCUUCCCUGCGAGGGGGAUCAUUUCGAGUAUUUGGAUGA